UAAUUUUCGUGUAAAAAAUAUUGAUAACUUCAGUUGAGUUGUAGCUUUUGUAUAGUGUGGUUGUGUGCUAUAAUUUUAUCUUUUCAUUCUAGCCUAACUUAAUUUUCUAAUCGGAAGUUAAUAGUGAUAUUUGUUUUAAAUGUAAUAUUGGUUUCGACGAAUUCAAUUUUUUCAUUAAAUGCGAUAUUUGUUUUUAUUUAUUUAUUUAUUUGGUGUAAACGCCUAGGUGGACUCAAGUACAGUGACAAUAAAACAUUGUUGAAAUAAGAUACAAGGUUAUUGAAACCGUAAGGUGUUCGAUGAAAAGGAAUUCAAAUGUGGGACAAGAACGUGAAUUAAAUUUAGGAACAUGGAAGUUUAUGGAUUGUAAUAGUUCUGGACAGAAUAUAACACCAUUUACUAAUUUAGAAAGAAAGCAGACGUCUGUAUAUUUUUGCCUAUUAAAAAGGGAAUCUAAGUUAAGGGAAGCCUGUACAGAAUUAAGUGAUAUUGACUCGGAAGGGUUAUUAAUAGAAAUCAUACGUCUCUUAUAUGCGAUUAAACGUAAAAAUCUUCUUUGUACAUGCUCAAGCGAUUCUAUCAAUCCGACUUGUGAAGGAUUUCAAAUAAUUGAGCAAUAUUCCAACGUAUCAAAAAUUAUCGCUUGUGUAGAUGAAAAUAAUGAAUUUGUUACGGCUAUUCAAUCAGGUACCAUAGAGUACGUGGAAUGUCUUCGUAGAAUAGCAGCCGAUCAUAAAAUAAAUAUGGAAGCUGUAAUUAAAACACUUACGUGGAACUACUUUUUUAAUUCAGUAGAGAUAUUUUUGCAAUAUGAAGAUAUUGAAUUCAAUACAAUAUUUAAAAUGGAAGGACCAUUAUGGGAUUAUUUAAAAGAUAGUCAUACAUUUUUAUGUGUUUUCGAUGAAGUUCGAUUUAGGUCAGCCAUAACUCCGUGUAUUAAUGGUUUUUUAAACAAUUUUAUAAGACUUUUAUCAAAAAAAGGUGAUUUUUAUAAUGACUAUAUUAUGGUAAAAAAUGAAAAUUUUGAAGGAAAAUUGAAGAAAAAGAAAAAUAGUAGAUGGUCAAUAUGGCGAUAAUUAUUAUAAAUCUCAAUAAUUUAAAGGAACAGAAAAACAAAUAAAAAUAUUAUUAAUUAUUUAAACAGAAUCGAAUGGCGUAAAAUAUCAUAAGAAAAAUCCAUAUAACAGCAAAAAGAAAAUUGGGUACAUAUUGCACAAUAAUAAUAAAAUUUAAUAGAAAAUUUAUUCAAAGACUUAUGGAAAAAUCAAUAAUAUUAUUCUUAUCAUCUAUAAACAGCAAAACAUAUUUUUCAAUUCAAUAAAAUAAUAAUAAGACAAAUCACUUCAUGUUAAUUUUUUCUUGAAACAUGUUUAAAAUCAAUAACUAUAAUAUAUGUGAAAAUGAAUUAAAUCAAAUGUAUCCAAUUUAAAAGUUUACAAACAUCAAUUGUAAAUAUUUUAAAUACUUCAGUGAAUUUAUUGACCAAAAAUCAUUUAAAAAUUUAAAUAAUAUAA